AUGGUGAGGAAUGGUGGAGAUGGUGGGGAUGGUGGAGAUGGCCAGGAUGGUUAUGGCAGUGGUGAAGGUGAUGUUUAUGGUGAUAGGAGCAGAGUAGUACAAGUUAACUACAGUGGGAGUUUGGAGUCAUCUUCUAAGAGGGAACUGCAACGAGCAUCGACUGCGUCCGUCCCUGCUGCCGCAGAUAAGCAGCGUUCAAUCAACAUCAAGCACGGAUGGAGUCAUUAUCAAGAAGAUUUACAGUAA